CCUCCCCCUCCCGCCGCAGCCGCGGCAGCAGCUGGUCUCGGUGUAAACAAGUCGAGGCGGCUGCGAACCGGGCCGGGGGGGACGGCGCCCAUCAGGAGCGCCCCCCACUCCCAGGCCAGGCCACCCCGCGGACCCGGCCCUCCACACGCCCAGGCGAGGCACUGGGCUCCCUCUGCUCCCCGUGGGCCGCUCCCCGCGUGGGGCCACUGCCCUUGGCCCCCGCCAUGGUGCGGAUUUCAAAGCCCAAGACGUUUCAGGCCUACUUGGAUGACUGUCACCGGAGGUAUAGCUGUGCCCACUGCCGUGCUCACCUGGCCAACCACGACGACCUCAUCUCCAAGUCCUUCCAGGGCAGUCAGGGGCGUGCCUACCUCUUCAACUCUGUGGUGAAUGUGGGCUGUGGGCCAGCAGAGGAGCGGGUACUGCUGACUGGCCUUCAUGCUGUGGCUGACAUCCACUGUGAGAACUGCAAGACCACUUUGGGCUGGAAAUAUGAGCAAGCCUUUGAGAGCAGCCAGAAGUACAAAGAAGGGAAGUACAUCAUUGAACUCAACCACAUGAUCAAAGACAACGGCUGGGACUGACCUAGCUGCUGACGCAUGUGGCUGCAGCCUGGCCUGGCCGCCAGGUGGAGCCACUGGUUUCGCUCCUCCUGAAAGGGAGCUCUGGACCCUCAGGGCCCCCACAGGGGAAGGAUCCAGCUCCUGUACAUAUAUUUUAUUGCAUGCACUGUGACCUUGGGGGGAGACCAGGAGGGGGGAUUGGAAACUCUCCCCCCCCCCCCCCCCC